AAACGGCAAAUGGGUCGAGAGUUUUACGUGGUGCGUUUUCUACCAUCACGGCUGGCGCAUGUUAUGUACAAAUAUCUUAUAUAUGUUCGGCGCUUUGCAGCCCUCUUGAGACGAGAGCAACAGACUCAGUCAUAUCUAUACCAUCACCAACGGCUGCUGUUCCAUAGUGGCGGAAAGCCGUGGUGCACUGCCCGGCUUACAUCGAUACUCAAGCAGGCAACUUCAGAGAUCUGGCAACGCGAGGUUAAUAUUCGAACUUUUCGACAGAUAGCCAUCAGUAUCACGGAGAAGCACGUCAGAGAGGUGCACUCGCCGCUCAAUAUCUAUGACGAUACCACCGCAGACGCUGAUCUGAAUGCCGCAUUCGCCUGGCAAAGCGGACAUCGUCCCUUACAGCGAGGAAUCACCUAUAGACUUGAUGGGGCAUUUCCCAACCAGCUUCAACCAGCACUUCUUCGCUCUUAUGAGUGGGCAUCUACUCGUUGGCAUGAAUUUAUUCGUCAGCCUAGCAAAACGAACUGUGGCCCGAGCAAUGUUUCUAUGAAUCCUCAAUGCACCCCUCACGACAAUUGGCUUAUGCGUGGUAACAUUCACUUU